AUGCACGAACGUCCAACAGGUCGUCAAGUGAGUUAUACUCACAACGCUGGUAUAUUAUGGGCACUCACCCCUACCGUUCCGAGUCGCUGUGAGGUGAGGGGCACGUCACCCGCGCGCCCUCUAUGGGCGACAACACAAGCAGGAACUCCUGGCACUUUGUCACUGACACUGCGCCCUCUGGAGGCGAGAACGCGCACUAGAGCAGUGUACACAGAAAACUACGCCCUCUGCGGGCAUAACACGAACUAG